AGAUACUCAUCAUGCCUGAACCAGCCAAGUCGGCCCCGGCCCCGAAGAAGGGCUCCAAGAAGGCGGUGACCAAGGCGCAGAAGAAGGACGGCAAGAAGCGCAAACGCAGCCGCAAGGAGAGCUACUCGGUGUACGUGUACAAGGUGCUGAAGCAGGUGCACCCCGACACCGGCAUCUCGUCCAAGGCCAUGGGCAUCAUGAACUCGUUCGUCAACGACAUCUUCGAGCGCAUCGCGGGCGAGGCGUCCCGCCUGGCGCACUACAACAAGCGCUCGACCAUCACGUCCAGGGAGAUCCAGACGGCCGUGCGCCUGCUGCUGCCCGGGGAGCUGGCCAAGCACGCCGUGUCCGAGGGCACCAAGGCCGUCACCAAGUACACCAGCUCCAAGUGAGCCCGCCAAAUGCAGAGUGCUCAAUGCUAUUGGGAAUCCCAGUUGAGCUAGAGGCAAUCAGUGCAAGUCUUGGAAGAUCAAGAAAACACGUUGGAAAGUGGAGGAAGGCCUCCAUGGUCAGAUUCGUGAAAAAGAUCAGGCUGAGUUUGGAGUCCAGUGGCAGCCCACUGGUUUUAAUGUGCAUUCCAAGUCCAACCAUCCGGUAUACAAGUUCAAGUCCUCCCUGCCUCAGUCCUGGCUUUUAUGCUCUUUUAUCUUAGUGGAUUUUCUCAACUCCUUCAAUUCAUUUUGUCAACUCAUUGUUUAUGU